GGAAGCCAAAGGUUGAAUAUUGUCGAUGAAAUAUAUCUUCCACAUGAGGUUGCAGAAAAGACGAUGCGCGACCAUUUUCCUACUAUUGUGGAAGGUCGGCGUUUUAUGCGUGUGAAAGGCGAGAGGACAGAAAAUAAUAUACGAGAGACAGUAGUAGACGCAGGCGAAGCUGUACAUGCAGACGGGCGGACAGAAGAUAAAAGAGCGACAGCAGAUAGGGGUGGCCACUGGGCUGUAGAUGGGGGCGAGACGGUAGAGGAGGUAGACUACGACGGCCAUGGCGUGCUUUGCGGUUCCCGCAUUCACACUAAGCCAGUGCGCCACACGCAGAUGGAAAAUUUCAUGCGACUCAUAGCGACUUUGCGGCAGUGCCCAGACCAGCCAAAAGUUCGCGAUUUCUUUCAACUAACUCAGAUGACUGCCGCUCUCAUGUUCCUUCUCUAACGCAGCCUCGUCCUACUGGGGCUGUGUAGGAGCUCUGAAACAUACUUAUAGAUACGAGCACGUUUGUUAAUAUGAUAUGGCUUUCGAGAACUAGGGAGGUGGGGGAUCUUUUCAGAAUUAUUGUUGACCCAUCAUGUCUCUACUUCCCAUGCCAACUUUUUCAGUGAUGUACUUUUUUUUCAACUUUUAUCAUGAGAAUGCUAUCAGCUAUCUCUUCGACAAAAAGUACUAGAAGACGACAUCGUAUUAGAUGCAGCUGAAUAAUUCUAAGAGGUCCAUGAAAAUAUGGUGGCACUGAAAUAAUAGAUCAGAAUAGAACUACGAAUGUACUAGUUCUCUGUCAUGGUGUGGGUCUGCUUAAUCACGUGGCGGGGACAUCAUCCGAAGAAAAAGUUUAGGCUCGCUCUGUUAUAAGUGUACAAUCAGGCUGGUUCGGCUCCACCUCCGCUUCCCCGUUGGUUUAAAUCUAUCGAUGAUGUAAAAGUAGACUUUCUGAGUACAUCACAUUACGGUACUAGAAACAAAGACAAUAGCGCAUCGGAUAAUGUCCUAGUAAGUGGUAUGGCUAGACAUCAAGAUAACAAAGCUGUACAUGUAGCGAUUAACGUGUUACCCAGAGAUCUCUUUUGUUGGCGGAACUGACACAAGGCCUUGCAGAGGGCUUGUCUAGAAACUAACAUAAAACAAGCGUGGUGGUAUGAUGAAUACAGUGGUUUUGCUCAUGUGAGUAUUUCUUCCUUUAUAGGCUUUGCACUCUAGUAAGAGACAGUGAAACGUCUACGUCACGAAAACUCCACUGCGUUCCCUGGAAGUAUCAAAGUUGUACAUUUCUGUAAAAAAAACACUGGGAGGCGAACUAACUUAAAAAACUCGGAACUGAGUAAAGACUUUGAAAAGUAGUAUCACGCAGUCAGGAGGUUCCCUGGUUCCCUAC